AUGGCGAGCAAGUCCCAGCUGAUGCUUCUGGCCAUGUUUGUGACAAUCCUCCUGGUUGGAGUGGACGUCGGUGGGAUUGCAAACGCAGCAGCCCAGCAACGAUGCAAAUCUGGAUGGAACUGGGACGGCCACAAGUGCAUUCAGUGUCCCAAAGGCCGCCGUGAGGAUGAUGAUGACGAUGAUGACAACCAUGACGACCGUGACAAUGAUGGUGGUGACGAUGACGACACUGAACUUCCACCCCGCGAAGCCCUUUCCCGUGCAAAUUCUGAUAAAGUCAAACUUUACGUCGGCCCCGACGAGGAGUACAAGACGAUCACAGAGGCAAUCAAUGCUGUUCCCCUCCAAAACAAGCAGCGGUAUAUCAUCAACGUCGCAGCAGGAGUUUAUCGUGAAAAGAUCAUAAUCCCUGCAACAAAAGACUUCAUCACACUUGUCGGUAACCCUGACGCCAAGUUUUCCACGAACGAUGCUCCGUUUGCUUACUCCGGAGCUGUGGGAGGCCAAGCCGUGGCCCUUCGCGUCUCGGGUGAAUACGCGGCAUUCUACGACUGCUUUAUUACUUCCAGCCAAGAUACCCUCUACGAUCAGAAAGGAAGGCAUUACUACAAGAGAAGCUACAUUCAGGGAAAUGUCGAUUUCAUCUUUGGACAAGGCCGGGCAUUGUUUGAGGACUGUCUCAUCAUUUCAAACGCGAGGAGCAAAUCUGGAUCGAUCACUGCUCAGUCCAAGUUCAAUGCCACAUUGGACUCGGGCUAUUCGAUUUACAACAGCUACAUUGGAGGGACGGGCCUGGUGCAUCUGGGUCGUCCGUGGAAGGAAUAUGCUUCGGUAGUAUUUGUCAACAAUUACCUGGACGAAGUCGUCAACCCGACUGGAUGGGACCAAUGGGCUUACAACCCAGCCGCGGGGACUGCGUUCUUUGCCGAACAUGGGAACUUUGGUCCCGGCGCGGACAGCACCAGGCGUGUUAAUUGGAUCAAGCAGCUGACCUCAGAUCAAGCUUAUGAGUACAGCGAUAUAAAGUUUAUCGAUGGGCAGGACUGGCUCUACUUGGAGUGAUGAAGAUUCUUUUCA